AUGGCUUUCCAAUCUGUUCUGGUUGUUGGAGGUCGUUUUGAUGACAAUUCGAGCCAGGAAAAACUAUCAAAGUUCCUGUAUGAUGGUUUAGUGGCUGCAUUCAGUGGCAGUGAUCUAGAUAACUUGGAUGCACAAUUUUUGGAUUGUUUAGCGAGACCUGCAAAUCCAACAGAGACUAAGGAAUAUGGUUUAACUUUAGAAUAUCUUCUAUGUGAAAAUAUUCUACUUCGUAUACUAUUCAAUCCAACAUGUGAUCAAUUACGUUUUGGUCUUCAAGAAGCAUUGAAUCAUGUGAUUGGUAAUGAGUCAAUUGUUGAAUAUCCUGUAACACCAUCAACAUUGGGAAGAGUUUCAUUAGUCUAUACAGGUCAAUUACUUGGUUUCACUGGUGAAUGGCUUUUGAAUGAUUCAGCGUUUAGUGGACAUAAUCUACUUUUAUGGCUUGAUGGUGAAGCAGCUAUGAGUUGGUGGCCUCAUUUAAAGAAAUUCUCAAAUUUUGGUGAUCAAAUUAAAUUGAACAUUUUAACACCGAUUGCUGGCACUGGGACAUGUUGGCCAGUGGAUAAAUCAGGUCGACCACAUUCUGUUCUUGCACAGAUUAACGCUCGUAUGGCUAAAGUUGAUAUCAGUAUUGAAGCAAGCUGGCGAUUGAAUGGAAAACCAUUAAAUACUCACGGGAAUUUAUCUGGUUUUCAAGGUAUACGAUCAUUUGUUGAUCAUGUUCUCCAUCGACAUCCAGUAACUAAAACAAUUUUGGAUUCGGAUAAUUCAUCAACUGGAGCUGCUUUGAAUACAAUACGUCCAGUGAUUUAUGUAUUCCCUGGUCAUGGGAUAUCAUCACAGUCGUGCGCUUUAUUCGCUGUACAAGGAUUUACAGCUCUACUAGGCGGAAGUUAUACAUCUCAGACAUUACCGAAUUGGUGGCCAAUGGUAAAACAUUUACCAAAAUUGGAUGCUACUCUGCUUCCUGAUUGGUCGGCGUCAAACAUUUUGACCUAUCGAUUCAUAGAGGAGAUUUUAAAAUCAGAACAAAGUAUUGGUGGAAUGUUGGGUGAAAUACUAAUGCCGCCUAGUGUCAACUCUUCUACAGAUGGCUUAUCAGAUAUAUCUUCGGGGUUGAUUUUAUCUCCACCAUCAAAUAUAUCAGGUCCUCAUCAUGGCACUUGGGCUUCAUCAGCUAGUCUAUCAACUGAUGUGAUUCCACCUUCUGUAAUCUUGUACUCAAAAUUAGGCUGGGGUGAAUUAAAACUACAGCCUUUAUCGCAUCGUUCUGGUCUUUUACUUAUGUGGGAGUCAACAGCGCAUGACAUUCCUUCACAACAUCCUCUAUGUAUUGUUCUUCCAUCGACACACCAAGCCAAUGCUAAUCCAGUUCAAAGUUUAAACCGAUUGGUUAAGACACUGUGUCAAAUCCCACAACUUUCAGGCCCACCAUCAAGUCGUACAGUGAAAUCCCUUACUAAACCUACCACAAAGCCGUUAACACGAGCACCAAUAUCUCGUCCUUCAAAACCUGUUACGAAUACAACAACUGUAAAAGAAACUAUUGUUCAUAAGACAACGGGUACGUUGAAUACAAAACCAAUGCCAUCAAGAAAUAUUUCAUCAGCUCCACCUCAUCAAAAUCAUUUAAAGUCUACAACUACUCCAUCCACAAAACUAUUGUUAUCCUCAACAUCACCAACAACAGCACAUUCACUCAAGAAACCAAUUCAUGAAAAGAAUGGAAUCAAUACAAAGCAAGUGGAUCAUUCACAUGGUGUUGUUGAUUCACCACAAAAGCGUCCAGCAUCAUCAACUAUUGAUGUGAAAAAGUCAAAGUCACUUACAUCUACAAAAUCACUUGGAACAGAUUUAUCGAAAUCAUCUAACCGAUCAUUGUCUACACUUAAACCAGCAUCACCAACAGUAAAGACGAAAACAACCACUGCUGAACGCUUGACAGCGCAUUCCAAUCUAAUUAAUCAUACAUCAAAAGCUCAUCCACGUAAAUCAGAGCCUGUAUCACAGACGACAACACCGAAUAAAAUACAAACAAAAAAAUCUGGCUUAAGUCUUAAGAGUAAUACUCCUAAUUCGAGUACAAAAGUAAUCAAAGAAGAAGAAGAAGAAGGAGGAGGAGGAGAAGUGAUAGUAACAGAUUCUAACAAACAGCCAACUAUUGUUCCACCAACUUCUUCACCUUCUGUUACUCAGAAUAGUACGGACAAUAAUUUAACUUUGAAUGAUUCACUUGAAUUCACUUCUGUUGAUCCCCUAUUAACCGGUUGGAAAGGUAUUUCUCAACAGGAUAACAUAUCAGGUAUGAACUAUGAGGCGAAAUCCAUUCCUGACAAAAUCAUAACAGACAGUCAACAGAAUAUAUCUACGGGAACAGGAACACCACCAUCACCGCCACCAUCACCAGGUCAACUGCUUCAACAACAACAACAACAACGAGAUCAGCACCAAGAAGUAGAAGAAGAAUAUAAAGUGCACAAAGUUAUAUUAGAGAAUAAAAUGUUAGCUGAAGAAUCAGAUGAACAAUUCACUCUUGAAUUGGAGAGUGAAUUAAGCCAGGAACAACAACAGAAUAUUCCACAGUCAUCACCAUUUAAUGACUCUUUAGCUGAAGAAGAGGAAGAUGAGGAAGAUUUCUUACAAAAAGAAGCCAGUAUGAUGAAUUAUCAACAGGAACAAGAAAAGUAUGAUGAUAAACUUGUAGAUGACAGUAACAGUAAUAUUAAUUCUUAUAUUGUUCAACAUGAAGAUGAUAGGCAACAAAUGAUGGAGAAUAUUUCACCUAACGUAGAAGAUGAUUCUGGCUUAACCACCUUGAAAUGUGAUGAUGUAGCUGAAGAAAUGAGACAGUAUAGAACACCAUUCGACACUGAUUUAGUCGAACAAGAACAAAUUACUACAAAGGAUGAUUUAAAUGAAUCACCUGAAGAGAUCCCUAGUCAGGUUGAAAAAUUAGAUGUAAAUAAAUGUAUAGAAGACAGUAUUAAUGAAUCAUUGAGUGAUGUACAUGACGAAGUAUCCUCACUAUCUGUUAACCAACAGGCGAUUGAUGAACAGUCUCAGUAUUCUGUAACCGUAGUAGAUGAUGUCACUUCUAAGUCUAAUGUUGAUGAAGUUGGUAUGGAUAAGCUUGUAGAUGGAAGUCAAGUCGUAGAAGUCGAAGAAGAAGAAGAAGGACAAGAAUCAUAUACGUGGCAAAACCAUCAACAGGAACAGCCAAUGGAAGAGUUAACUACAAACAAUUUGAACAUAUCAUGUAUAGAAAAUAAUAAUCAAUUGACACAUCAUGUUGAUUCACUGAAUCGUUUACAACACAAUGAAUCAUCUUCAUUCCCUGUUGACGAUGAACAAAUAGUUGAAGAGCAUCAAACAGUAGAACAAUGUUUACAUGAAGAUACUGAGAUAAAGAUUGGUCAUAAUGUCUUCGAACCUGAUUAUGAUGAAUUUCAGCAACAAAGACAACAACUUGACGAAGAUGAUGGACGUCAACAAGAACUAUUAGAAGAUCUAACUGUAAAUACACAAAAAAUGAUAAAUAUUCAAAAUGAUGACUACAUAAAUGAUGGUGAUGAAGAAAACGAAGAACACCGAGAACAAGAACAUGAGCUACCAUCACUGACAGAUCCAAUAGAUAUCGAAGGUGAACAAACUCCAAACCAAUACGACAUUAUACAUCAACUACAAGAUCCAUCAAGAUCACUACUACUACAGGAUAAUUUAUCAUCAUCCUUGGGUAAAGAACCAAUAGAUGAAGAGACUGAACAGUUGCAAGAUGCAUAUGAUUCCAGUGUACAGAAAUACCAAAUUGAAGACAAUUAUGAUGAACAACAACGAAAAGAAAUUCAAAGACAGUUGGUUUCAGAAACAAAUGAGAUUUUAUUGUCUGAAAAUACUCAACUUGAUAUCAAUCAGUCUUAUGAUCAAAGAGAUGAAGAACAUCCAAUCAAUGAUACAUCAGUCGAUUCACCAUUCACUGAUAAAUCCAUACUUAUUGAUGAAUCAUACUCGUUAACUGAUCAAAUAAAAACCUUGGAGUCUAUGAAUAUCGAUGAUAGUCAUUAUGUUGAAGAGGAAGAGGAGGAGCAUCAACAGUCAUAUAACCAUUCACCCCAACUUUCUGAUAAUCAAAACCUUGAUGAAGAAACAGAUAUCAAAAACGUAUUCAUGACAACAAAUAAUAUGGAACCUGUGAACAUAGAAGAUUAUCCAGGUGAUUCCAUUGAAAAUCAAGAUAAACAUAUUGAAAUAGAACAUGAAGAUGAUAAUGAACUAGGCAAAUCAGAUAUUGAUGAAACGGAAACAGAAUUUGUAAUACAAUAUCAAAAGCCUGGAAUAUCUAAAUCUAUAGAUAAUGUUGAAGAUACUUACUUGGAUAACCAGUUCAUGAUGACACCUACUGAUAACUAUACAAAAGAAGUGAUCUCCAAACAAGAUAACAAUGAAUAUAUUGAACAACCAUUUGAUGAAAAUACAACCAUUCUACAACAUACUGUCUAUCAUUCUAAUGAUCAUACAACAUCAUUUUCAUUAGACACUGAACUUACUCCUAAUACUGCAUAUUCUGUUGACUCAAGUACUGAUCAAAUAUUGACUGAUAAUGAUAAACAGACUGUUGAUACGUUUUACUCUAACAUUUUAUCAAAAUCAAUGAUUUCUAGAGAAGAAGAAGAAGAAGAAGAAGGUGUUGAAUCAACGGAGGAAUCAGUUCAAAAAGUCGAUUCUACUACAUUCGAUGAAUCUGUAUCACAAUUAAAUAAUCAAGUUGAGAAACAUGAUAAUUCAUACAUGUUAGAAGAGAAUUCUCUACAUGUUGAUACUGCGGAAAAUGUCAGAGAAUAUCAUCCAUUCAUGAGUCCAGACUCAAAAAUCUCCAUGGAUUCUAUUGUACAACAAUGCGAAAGUCAACAACACUAUGAUGAGCAAGAGUAUGCUGAUGAACAUGAACAGUUUGACCAACGAAAUCAAGAUUCAGAGGCUAAUUCUCUAGUUUCCAGUCCAAAUCGACCAAUAUCACCAAAUUACAAUGUUGUCACUUCAACUUAUCAGCAUGAUGAUGAUGAUAAUGGUGUUGAUACAACUGAUGCUGACUAUGCUAUGCUAUGUAUGAAUGAACAGUUAAACAGACAAGAGCAUGAAACUCCUACACUGGAUGAAGUUUUGAACUAUUCUAGCAUUCCUCAACAGUCUUAUUCAUUGUUACCAAAUAAUGACAAUACAGAAAUGAUGUCGAUAAUAUCACCUGCAGGUGACAAUAAUACCAACCUGUUUAUGCCUUCACCUACUACCUUUGGUGAUGAUUAUACUGCUACCACUACUACUACUACUAAUGGUAUUAGUAGUAUGACUGCUGAACAACAUAUCAAUGGUGUCAGCGCUCUUCAAGGUCAAUCAGAUGAUUCUUAUCACCUUGAAAAUGAUAAUAAUUUAAAGGAUUUGAAUAGUUCAGUGAAUAUCACCACCACAACUGCCCACAUCACUAAUAAUGACAGUAAUUUGCUGCAUGAGAACAAUGGAUAUCCGUAUACAAAUGGAUACAAUGUCAAUGGUGAUACAAAUGGGUAUGCCGGUCAUACAUCGAGUGCGUUAAAGAAUAAUCAAGACGAAAAUCAUCAUAAUCAUUCGAAUAAUAAUGGUAAUAAUAGUAACCAUGGUCAUUAUCUUUUGGAGACAGAGAUUGAUGGAUCAAAUAUCACCAAUUUCCUUUCAAAGGAUGUAACAAGUGAAUUCAUGAAAUCAUCAAUUUCAUAUCCAAUAGAUGAAGUAAAUGAUGAAGAUAUAUCAACUCAUCUUGUCACAACAACAACAACAACAACUCCUCCACCAUCUACUAUCUUAUCCACUACUCCAUCUAAAGAAAUAGAUAAUUUCAGUAAAUGUUAUACAGAUGGAGAACAAAUAAUACAAGAUAUACACUAUACAAGAUCAUCACCACAUUGUAGUCCAAGUGAAGAAACAUUUGAUCCUGUGAAACAAUGGGGUCAACCUCUUGGUCUUCCUGCACCAGUAGCACCAAGUACAAACCAUUCAAAGAAAACUUCUGUAGUUUGUCAUUUCUAUCAUUCAAGUUGA